CUUAGCUUUCUACCCUUCAAAUUUUUAUAUUUUUACUUUUUCUUUUAUGUUGGGUGUUGGUGUCGGUGUUGGUGAUUGUGUUGGUUCUCCUUGCUUCCCUUUUGAUGAUUUCCAUGGUAUCAAUUUGAUUGCACAUCAAGAUAGUGAGAUAAAGCAAGGCCACUUAGUGUGAGAGUGGAGAAAGGGGAGAUAAAAGAAGGGUUUUUGUGUGUGUGUGUGUAUGUGUGUGGAAGUCUGUAAUCUUAUCUAAUACUACACACAGAAAGAAAAUGCCCUUGGAAGGGAUUUUCAUAGAACCACCACCAUCUUCCUCCUCUUCAAACCCACUUCCUGAUCUCUCUCUUAACAUUAGCCUUCCAAAUACUUCUUCUUUAUCGUCUUCUUCGAUUCGUGGUAAUAUUGAUUCUCCUUCCAAAUCAAACACUUUGCAUCAACAAACGUACACUGACCUUUCCCUUACAAAUCCAUCAAGAAAUCUUGCAACAAGUUUAGCUCAAAGAGAUCAAGACAACCCACAAAAUCCGUUUCUUCAUCAUCAUCAUCUUAACCACCAUCAUAUCUACAAUCAACAGCCAAAUAGUAGUAAUACCCAGAACUUAAAUCACUUGAACCAAGGAGUUUCACUGCUUGAUGUGUCUGACUGCCUGAGGCCGAUAAAGGGGAUUCCGGUAUAUCACAAUCAUCCAUUUCCCUUUUUGCCUAAUUUGGACCAUUCUUCUCUAGAGAAAGAUCCAAAGAUGUGCUUCUAUCCAUCAUCUUCUACAUCUACUUCACCUUAUUUUGGUGCUAGUGGAGGUCACAUGCCCUUUCUGAACCCUGGGCUUAAUGGUCCUUCUUCAUCGGGUUAUCGUGUACCUGGAGGCUGUGGUAGUGGUGGUGGGACGAGAUUUACCGGCUUAUCUUCAUCAUAUCAACACCACCACCACUACCAUAACCAGUAUGGCGGAGGUGGACCCACAUCUCAUGAAGUCUCACAUGGUUUGAUGAGAUCAAGAUUUCUUCCCAAGCUUCCAGCUAAGAGGAGUAUGAGGGCACCAAGGAUGCGAUGGACUAGCACCCUUCACUCUCGCUUCGUUCACGCCGUUGAGCUUCUUGGAGGCCAUGAAAGGGCAACACCGAAGUCAGUUUUGGAGCUGAUGGAUGUCAAAGAUCUCACCUUGGCUCAUGUCAAGAGCCAUUUACAGAUGUAUAGAACUGUUAAAACAACUGACAAACCUGCAGCUUCCUCAGGCCAAUCAGAUGGAUCUGGAGAAGACGAUAUCUCAACCAUGGGAAGUGGAGGGCUAAGGCGAUUUACCGAUCAAAGAGGGUCCGCUGAUCUGCAAGAAUCCGACUACCCUAAUUACUCAGCUACGGCCACCGCCACCACCACCCUCUGGAGCAAUUCUUCAAGCAAUAGGGAGGGAUGGCUGCAGACAAACAGUGAUAUGAACGACCUCAGACCCUCAUCGACCAUGUUACGGCAACGGAGUGCCAGUCAGCAAGUAGAGGAAUGCGACCCUUCCAGACCAAAGAGCUGCUUAGGAUCCAGUUUGGAUCAGAAAAACCCAUGCUUAGAGUUCACCUUGGGCAGACCAGAUUGGCUUCAAAAAGAACGCAACUGAUCUUUCCUUCCCUUCUUUCUACUUUUUUUUUUUUGCAUUUCGAAUUUCUGCUUCCAUUUGUCCAUGUAAUGGACAGCAGAAGCCUGAAUUUUAUGCAACAGAAGUACUAAAGGAAAGAACAAGAUGACGAAGAAGAUGAAGAAGAUGAAGAAGAAGGUUUAAAAAAGCUAUUCUUUUUCUACUUACCGUGUAUGUUCACUAGUCUCCCAUCAAAUAGCAUGCAGGCCUGCUUCUUCAUUUUCUUCUCUCUCGACUUCUUUGGAUUUUGUAGUAUUCAUUAUUUUUCCAUAUUUUCUCUUCGGCUUUUCGUGUCUCUUUUUGUCUUAGAAAAGAGACCAAGGAGAGCAAGAGGAACUAUAUCAUAUG